UCUCCUCAUUUAUUUCUCUCUCCUUCUCUCUUUCCUCUUCUUUCAUGGCUGAGGAGUAACCACAAUCUCAAUUCUUUCUUCUCUCUCUCUCUGGUUUUACACGAUGACGAGUCUUGUGGUUGGCCAGUCUCUUGGUUUAACUCUAGUCGGUGAUGGUGUUUCCUUCCGCAAUUCAAGAAGACACGUUGCAAAGUCUAAGUUUUUCUUUCCAAACCGGAAGAGAUUAGCUCGUGCAGCUCUCGUUCAAGCUCGUCCCAGGGAAGAUGGAGUAACGCCAAGUCCUCCCUCCUCCUCGAGACCGUCUCCUGCGCCUGUUGUACAAUACAAACGUGCUGACCUCGCGGAUGAUCUUCAAGCGGAGGCCCGAGCUCUGGGUCGUGCCGUUGACGCCUCUGUCUAUUCCCCGGAGCUCAUCGCCAGGAAACACGGCUCUCAGCCUCUCAAGGCUUUGCGGAGAAGCGUGGAGAUAUUGACAGCUUUGGGUGGCUUCGCGCUGAAGUUGGGGAUUGAUCAGAGGCGAGGGAAGCUAGAGGAGAAUAUGAAGAAGAGAGCUGGUGAGCUACGAAGGAUAUUCACUCGUCUGGGCCCUACUUUUGUUAAGUUGGGUCAAGGUUUAUCCACCCGACCCGACCUCUGUCCACCUGAUUACCUCGAAGAGCUUGCUGAGCUUCAGGAUGCUUUGCCAACCUUCCCUGACGCAGAGGCCUUUGCUUGCAUUGAGAGAGAGCUGGAUCUGUCUCUUGAAUCCAUUUUCUCGUCCAUAUCCCCUGACCCAAUCGCAGCAGCUAGUUUAGGUCAGGUUUACAAAGCCCACCUGAGGUAUUCGGGUCAGGUUGUUGCUGUCAAAGUCCAACGCCCUGGGAUCGAACAAGCCAUUGGUCUUGACUUCUACCUCAUUAGAGGAGUUGGGAAACUCAUUAACAAGUACGUAGACUUCAUCACCACAGAUGUCCUCGCCCUUAUCGACGAGUUCGCCUGCAGAGUUUACCAGGAGCUAAACUACGUCCAGGAGGCCCAAAACGCUAGGAGGUUCAAGAAGCUCUAUGCUGAUAAAGCUGAUGUUCUUGUGCCUGAUAUCUUCUGGGACUACACGAGCCGCAAGGUGCUGACAAUGGAAUGGGUGGAGGGAACUAAACUGAACGAGCAAGUUGCCAUCGAGAGCCAAGGCUUGAAGGUUCUGGAUCUUGUGAAUACGGGAAUCCAGUGUAGCUUAAGGCAGCUCUUGGAGUAUGGUUUCUUCCAUGCUGACCCUCAUCCUGGUAACCUCUUGGCAACACCUGAUGGCAAACUCGCCUUUCUUGACUUUGGCAUGAUGAGUGAGACACCGGAGGAAGCUAGGUUUGCUAUCAUAGGCCAUGUUGUACAUUUGGUCAACAGAGACUAUGAAGCCAUGGCUCAGGAUUACUAUGCUUUGAAGUUCUUGUCGCCUGAUGUAGACGUUACUCCCAUCAUACCAGCUCUCAGAGACUUCUUUGACGAUGCGCUUAACUACACAGUCAGCGAGCUCAACUUCAAAACGCUGGUUGAUGGUUUAGGUGCCGUCUUCUAUCAGUAUCCAUUUGACGUUCCGGCUUACUACGCUUUGAUUCUGAGGUCGCUUACCGUGCUUGAAGGUUUGGCACUUUACGCAGAUCCUGAUUUCAAAGUGUUGGCUGCAUCGUACCCUUAUUUUGCCAAGAGGCUUCUCACUGAUCAGAACCCUUAUCUGAGAGACGCACUUAUUGAGCUUCUGUUCAAAGAUGGGAAGUUUAGGUGGGGCAGGCUCGAGAACCUUCUGCAACAGGGGAGUAAAGAUAGAGAUUUCUCAUCAAAAGAUGCUUUGCAGCCUGUGUUGAAGCUGCUGCUGGAUCCAAACGGAGAAGAGCUUCGACUGUUGGUGAUUAAAGAAGCUGUGAGAGUCAGUGAAGCGUUUGCUCUGGGGAGUGUUGUUGAUACGUACAAUUCAAUGCCUGAGUUUAUGAGAUCUCUCGUGUUUAAUGGAAAUGGGAAUGGUGGCCCUCUGACAAUGAAUCCCACAGAACUCGAAAGCACGCUUGAGCUUCGGGACCAGGUCUCAAGAAUCUGGAGCCUUCUGCAGUCUUCAGAAAGCUUUGACCCAGCUAUUUUGCAGCCAAUAGCACAGGUGUUGCAACAACCAGAAGCAAGGAGACUUGGAGGACGUGUUGCAGGAGGUGUAGGGCAACGUCUAGCAGCUAGGUUUCUGCAACAACUGCUUCGAGCCACAACACCAACUCCUUCACCAGUCCCAUAGGUCCUCUUUUAUUGUCUUGAAUGAAAUGGUAAAUUGUAUAUUAAAGGCGAGACACUCGCAAACCACAGAAUUGCUUCACGUUAUAGUAAUAUAUAGUGUCAUUCUUUCUCUU